AUGUUCUUCUUCAACCUCGGAGGCCUUUUCUAUGUCUCGGUAUUGCUGGUCAACGCAAUAGCCAUUCUCUCCGAAGACCGCUUCCUCGCCAGAAUUGGCUGGGGAUCCACACAGCAAGAGCCCGCAUUCGGCGGUCCUUCAGACAACACCAGCGUCAAGUCGAAAGUCAUCAACCUGAUCUCUUCUGUCCGCACUCUUAUGAGAAUACCGCUUAUCGUCAUCAACACUCUCAUCAUCGUCUACGAACUUAUACUGGGAUGA